AUGAACGUGAUUCAAGUGGAAGAGUAUUUAAAGAACAAAUAUGGUAUUUUAUCAAUCAUAAAGGAGAAGAAGCAAGAAUUCUUGGAAGAGUUGGAGAAAAGGAGAAAGAACAAGAAGGUUAAUCUUGGGAAGAAUAAUAUUGCUGGUGCCAAAAGUAUUGCAAGAAAUGGAGAAAAUGAUGAUUGGAAAAAAGAUCUAGAUAAUUUUAUAUUGGAUUGUGAUUUGAGACAGUAUUUUAUAGGAGAGUCAAUUAAGUUUAGGGAUGGAAAAGUAAUCUCAGAUUCAGAUAAUUUACUAGUAAUGGUAAUAAGAUCAUAUGACUGUUUAAAAUCAAAAAAGUCCUCAGUAGGUUUUGAUCAUAUAGAAUUAGAUAAUGAUCUACAGGAUGAAGACUGGGACGACUUUUUAGACGAAGAAGAGUUGUUAGAUGAUUUGGGAAAUGAGGAUGAUUAUGACAAUAAGCAAUUGGAGAAUAAAAACCAGAAAUUUGGCACAGAAGAAGAAAAUAAGAGAGUGAAAGGAAGAAAAGGAGGCCAAGGAAGGCUUAAAAAAAGAAUGUUAUAUUUGACAUUAACAACAGGAAAAAUGGCAAUAUCAUCUUUAGAACAUGGAAAUAAUCAAAAAAAUGAUACGGUAAUAAUUAAUGCUUUAGAAUAUGAGAGGAUAAAUAAUAUAAAUUUUCAAGAUAAUUUAAUAUAUCCAGGUACAAAGUUAAUGUUGAAUAUAAAACAGGGAGGAUUGGGUAUAUUGCAAGUACAGAAUUCAAUAUUAUUAUUGAAAAACAGUAAUGUAAGAUGUUUGGGAGGUAAUGUUGAAUCCUUAGUUGAGUCUUGGAGGCUUAAUAAUAUAUUAAAUGGAUCAAGAUCUAAAGGAUUUUCUGGUUCAAAAAAUCUUACAAAGAAACCUCCCAAAUUUAUACCAUUUGCAAAUAAGGAAUCUGAAAAAAAGCAGUUAAAUGAGCAGGUUAAAGAUGCUCAACAGAAUUACCAACAAAGCAAAGAGAAUCAAUCCAAGUCAAAGUCUGUUCCUUCUGUUUCUUCUACAUCUUCUUCUACUGGGAGUACAAAUCCAGGAGAAUCCAAGAGUGAUCUCAACAAUUUAGAAAGUACUGUUAAAGCUUAUAAUGAUUUUAUUGAGAAUAUCCAUAAAUAUAAGAAACUAAAUUUAGUUUCUUUAGAAAAGUUUAACUUCUCAAAAGAUGUAAAAAAUGAAAAUGAUCUGAAAUCAAAGAAAAAGACUGCAACUACUAGCAGUAGUGAUAAGCAUAAAUUACAUGAUGAUCACGAUCCCGGAGCUCCUUUAAGAGGAAGACUUCUCAGAUCUACUGAGAAAAUUGACUCUGAUGCUAGGAAAUUCCUCAAAUCUCGACAUGAUAACUCUUCUAAUGUCACCUUAUUUGACCAUUUGUUUUCUAAACUUGAAAUUAAGGAUGCUCUUAGCACUGGAGACAACUUUAAGGGAGAAGGAAUAGUAGAACAUUCUGCGGUAAAUAGUAGCAACAACACGGGAGGUCACUCUGUAGGAGAAAAUAAGAACAGAAGAGGAAGAGGGAGAGGAGAAGGGGAGGGAGGAAGGGGAGGAAGAGGAGGAAGGGGAGGAAGAGGAGGAAGGGGAGGAAAAGAUAGUAGCAGAGGGGGAAAAGAUAGUAGCAAAGGAGGACAUUCUGGUAGAGGGGGCGGCAGGAGAGGACAUUCUGUGAAGGGAGGCAGCAACAAAGGAAGGGCACACUGA